AUAUUCGGUAAUUGUGACACAUUCACAAUUUUGUUUACCUCGUUGAGAGAAAGUCCUGACUGAUGCUGAGUAGAGCCUCAACGAUGUAUACACGUAUUGUUAUUGCCAUUGCCCUAUUGAUGUGCGGAAUAUCAGGUGCAAGUGGUUACUCAGUUUACGCGUUUUGGGACACGUGCGAAGCGAAACAAUUAAGAGUCGCCAUCAGCGGUAUCAGUGCACCGGUUACAAUUGAUCUGGCCAUUGUUGCUGUCAAUGAUCCGAUUCCAAAUGCUUACACUGAUCAAAUGACGGUACAAAAUCCCUCGGGUUCGCAAUUAUUUCCUCUUUCACCAAACACCAUAGACCAUGUUAUUUACUGGACUGACGCAAACAGUCCUACACCCAGCAAAAUACUCCGUGUUGACAAGUGUGCUUUCAUCGAAGGAGACCCACAUUUGCUUACAUUCGAUGGUUACAAAUUUGACUACCAAGGCGUCUGUGCUUACAUUCUUGUUCAAGACUGUGUGCAACAAAGUAACCCCUCUUUCGCCAUCACUGGGUACUUUCGAAGCAACAAAGAGAAGUCGCCGUAUAAAGGUCGCACACGCAUGGUUUCAAUAAGUCUGUACAUUGAAGGUGAACUCACGGUCACGUUGCUGGAAGAUAACACAUUCGAGAUUCGAGGACAUCGUGUGUUUGAUACGUCCGCAACAAUUGGACACAAGAUUGGUAAUGUAUAUUCCGCCAAUGGUACGACAGUGGUGCGACUGCGCAAACCAUUCUUGACGAUCACGUGGAAUGGGAAACCACAUAAAAAUAUGAUUGCCAUUAAUGACGACAGUCUACGCGGUAAAGUGUGUGGCUUGUUGGGAAAUGCUGAUGGUAUUCCAGACAACGAUUUCGUCAAACCGAAUGGCACCCCAGCCCACGACUCGGAGGAGUUUGGUAAAAGUUGGCAAGUCCCAUAUAGUUGCUUGUAACUAACGCCAGCAUAUAAUUAUGGUUGCUGAAGUGAUUUUGACGUUGAAACGAAUACCACCUUGGAUAAUAUUGUGAAUUUGAGUAUAACAGUUGUCGACAAAUUACGAUCAUAUAUUUAUAUAUUUCGUUAUGAAAAUAAUAUUUCAACAAAUUAUAUCAAUUUCACUUAUUUAUACAAUUAAUCAACAACUUGACAAAAAUGUUAUGACGAUCACGUUUAAAAUUGAAAAAAAAAUAAUGCCAUAUACUUACAUAUCAGUUAUGAGAAUUACAUAUAUUAUAGUUUAGUUUAGUUUAAAUUUUAGUUUACGCAUCUGUGCGUUAUGUAGCUUAACAACUGCAAAUUAAACACCUUACAAAAGGUAACUUCUGUAU